UGACUGCGUGCUCUCGAGAAAUAGGAAGCCAUCAAGCUCAGUGGUCGGACGCAGCUGCCGCCCAGUGAAAGAGGAAGCAGAGAGCCCGAGGCCCAACUCCCCCAGAGACGCUUGGCAACAGCACGGAGCGGGAACCUCCAGAGACAGAGACCAGAAGAACAGAGGUGCAGUGAGGGGCUGAGAAUGGAAGCGCUGCCUGUCUACCACGGACCCAUCGGCAAGGAGGAGGGCGAGCGUCGGCUGGGCCAGGACGGCAGGGACGGCUGCUACCUGGUGCGCAACAGCGACUCGCUCCCUGGCGUCUACUGCCUGUGUGUGCUGUGCAGCGGAUACGUCUACACCUACAGACUUCACAAAAACACAGACGGCUCCUGGGCUGCCGAAACCGCGCCUGGUGUGGAGAAACGAUAUUUCCGUCAAAUCAAGAACCUGAUCAAAGCCUACCAGCAGCCUGGAAAUGGGAUCAAGAUCCCGCUGCUGCACCCCGUCACGGCUCAGGCGGCCGCGUCGCAGACUCAUGCUACAGGUCUCUCCACCAUGUACGGUGACGUAAACCCCCCAACGUCCCCGUACCGCAAGAAGAAGAAAGCCAGACAAGCCUCGUCAUGAGGAGAAGAGAAACCUUUGAAAUACUUCCCUGCACCCACCAGUGAAUGAGAAACUGUUGCGUUCCGCCAUGCGUGGCCACAAAUGUCAGCUGCUGCGCUCAUUAACCAUUUCCUGGAAACCGUCCUUUCAUCUAGUGUAGGCGCGGCGUCUGAUGGAAGUGGUGCGAAAUACUCCACAGCACAGACAUUAAUAUGCAUUUUGUAUGAUGAUAAGAAUGUGCUCCUUUGACAUGAUGGAAUUAUGCGACUGGAAAAUUA